UUGUUUGUUUACUUCUCAAAAGACGGAUUUCAAAAACAAUACAUUACUACUUACUUACUUCUCAUUCAUCUUAACAACCAAAAAAGCCAAUUCACUUUACACAAAUUAUUAGUAUUAAUCAUGAAGAUGAAGUGCUUUUCUCUACCUUGUUUUUCAUCUUCCAAACGCCAAAACCACUUUUCUCAACCUAUUUCAAUAUCUACUCCUCAACCUACACUCCAUAAUACUAACCUUCAUGAAUCCAUCCAUUGGAUAUCAAAAUCAAAAAUACAAAAUCAAGACCAAUCUCAAUGUAUAAACAACAACAACAACAACAACACUCAUCAUGAUGAUUUGGAAACAAAGGAAGAGAAAACAACAACACCUCAAGAUAACCAUGAACAAGUACAAGAAGAAAAAGAGUGUUCUGAGUCACUAUUUUCUGUUUCUAUUGGUUGUAGAAAACCAGUUUCUGCUGAUGAAAAUGAUGAUGAGAUUGAAGUUAACAGUACUCCAAUGAAGCUUCAUAGUGCAAAAGAUGUAUCUGGGUCAAAACCAGAAUCCAAUGAAGCCAAAGAAGAAGAAAGAUCAAUGAAUGAACCUCUUCUUAACAAGUAUAGAUAUCAAGAUUGCUCUGAUGAUGAUGAUGGAUAUGAUGAUAUUAACCUCAAUGAAGAAGGUUCAUCAGAAUCUUCUUUGUUUUCUAUAUCAACUGAUUAUAAGAAAAAACCAAUUUCAGUUUCAUCAAUUCAAAAAGAAUUGGUUGAUAAUGAAGUUACCAGCAUAAUGGUGGAACCUCAAGAAGAACAAGAAGAAAGUGAAAGAAACAACAUUCUAGAAAAUGAUGAAAAUGUUUGCUCCUCAGUGUUGAAUCCAAUUGAGAAUGUUAGUCAAAGGAAAGUCAAAGCAACAUUGUUGCAUUCUGUAAAAGAAGACAAAGAAAACAUUAAUUGGAACCAACAAGAACCUAGUUUGAAUUUGAAGCUAUCAUUAUCAUCAAACAAAAAGAUGAAUAUUGAAACAGAAAAAGGAAAAGAAAUUGGGGUAGAUACAAGCCUUUCUAGUUGGUUAGUUGAAUCAGAAAGCAAAUAUAAUACACCAAAAAGAUGUGAUGUUGAGGAUAGGCCAAUUUUAGGAGCAUUGACAGUUGAAGAAAUAAGGAAGUAUAGUUCAAAUAUAUCUAGAACAUCUUCUAGAACUCAUAGUCCUGAAGAGGCACCAAUCAUUGGUUCUGUUGGGAGCUAUUGGAAUCAUUCAGAGCAGAGAAAGUCUUCUAAAUCAUCCAAUAAAUAUGGAAAGGAAGGGAAACAAGAAUGGAGUUCAACAACAGUAAAAACUAGACUAGAACCAGCUUUUGAAGCAGCCAGCCAGUGUUGCUCAAAAUUGACUUGAUGUGUAGACAAGGCACAACUUUUUUGAUUCAAUUCAAUCAUACUUUGAUGCAUGGAUAGAUGAUUCAAAUUUCCUAGUUUUUUUAGUGCAAAUAAAUAACGAGUACAUGUAAUUAAGACUCGAAUUUCCAUUUGUUCUAUUUUAUUUUUGUAUUUGCAAAAUGCAAGUUUUGGGUAAUAGUAACAAAAAUGGUUAUCCAUAAACUACUGUCAUUUUUCUUGAUAAGAUAUCAUAAUGGCAUUGAACUUUUCUUCUUCCUGAAUAAUGUCAUUGAGCUUUCCAUGCAUAUAUGUAAAUUCCAGCUAAAUUCUUGACUA